CGUAUAUAUUCGAUACAUGUGUGUGAAACUCUGGUUGAUCGACUAGCUAGCAGUGACCCGUGGCAUCAUGAGGGACAUCGAGUAGUUUGGCCGCUGUCGCUGUCUCCACCGCCGCCGCCAGAGAUCAUUCCCUUGGAUUCCCCCGUCUGCACAUUUGUUCGUCUCGUCGUCGCCAUCGGACACCCUCCCUCGAGAACUCCUCACUGUUCGGCAGCCGGUAAACCCUAGGCGCGCGCUAGCUAUCGGCCGGAAUUCCGACGCGAUAUACUUAUGUCCGAUCGAGCCGUAAGGGGCAUGCAAUUCAUAUCAGCACCGCGCGCGGGAGCGCAAUGGAGGACGAAGAUGACAAGAAGGAGGUCGCCGUGGUCGGGUCCUCCGCCGCCGACCCAGUAGCAGACUCCUCGGCCGCCGACGCCUCACACGAGUACACUGGCAUCGAGAAGGAGAUCUUCGACCGUCUCCUGGAGAGAAGGAUCGACGAAGCUGUCUACCGGCCGUCGGUCUUCCGCGAACAGCUCCACCGGCACUUCAAGCGGCUGCCGAGGAGCUACGCCAUCAAUUUGAACGCGGAGGACGUCCUUCUGCACAGCAAGAUCCUCGAGUGCGCCGCCGACCCUGACAAGCGCCCCGUCUUCCAUGCCCGCUUCUUGAAAGUGAGCAUCACUACUCAACUCGAUCUCAAUUCUGCUAUAUAUGUGCUCUAUCUAGCCAAAGCGCGUCAGCACAUAUCGAGAGAGUAUGUAUUCGUCUAG